GGGAGAGCUUCCGCAUCAUGGCUUGUGCUUGUUUAAGGGCGGAGCUGUGAGGUUUCCGUCGGCAGGCAGGCGGGCGGAAAUGUUCCAUGCUCCCCUGGCUACCCCCCACUUUCCGCGCCGCUGCUUCCCGGCCUCGGCUUAUCUCAGCAACCUCAGACCGCACGUGAUGACGACCAAUCUACGAUCUAUUCGGAGCCUGAUCCGGACAAGAACGAAAUUCUCCGGGAUUUGGCCUGCGAUGAGCUAUUGCAGAUUCUCGGAACCGAAAACCCACAAGGCUCAACGACAGCUCAGCUCGAGGAGUUUGUUGAGAAGAUUCUUACGCCCCAGGCGCUAGAAGAGAUGAAAGUGCACCUCGGAGACAGGAUGCGGCAAGCAAGGAAGGCUAUGUGGCUCUGGAAAGGACUUCACCUCCAGCUCAGUGAGUUCAGGAGCAUUACUGGUUAUGACGGCCGAGCUGGCGAAGACUGGCACACGCACAAGCGUACUCUAGCCUCAACAUCCUGGAAAAACAGCUACAAACCUACCGUGGAGGCACAUCGGAGGUUGGCAGCCUUCACCAAAGAGAGAAAAGCGAACGGGGACUGGUUCGAAGGAGAAGAUUUCGCGGGAAACUUGGCCCUGUUCUACGACGCGCUACUUCAAGCUCCGAACUGCGGUGCCGAGGACCUGGUUAGGGGUUCAAGGGGUAUAAUGAAGAGCUUCUGGCGUGGUUCAAGCACUGAGGGAGGGAUGAGGAUUCUAUAGAUCGUCGGACGAUGGGACGAUGUCGUUUCAUGCCGCUUAAAGGGACCACACUUUUCUCGGUUUUGCGGUCGGCACCGUAAAAGAUACAUUUCUGCGUAGAGCGAAAUGCGCAUUUGGUCGAAGGGGAUUCCGCCUUGCAGUGCCGCCGUUUGCAGCAGAAACUCUUCGAGUUGUCGGUUCGGCAGUAAGCAUCGGAGGCGAAUGUAUCUUGGUAUUUCCAAC